AUGCUGAAGAAAGAUGUUGGUCUUUUGAAAGAGAAGGUCAUCCAGCUAUUGAGAGAUAAAGAGUCAUUGUGGAGACAGUGUGAAGAGUUGAAAGAUGACAAGAUGAUGUUGUAUGAGCAGCUGCAGCAACACUCAUCAUCAUCACAUUUGCAACAAUCAUCAUCAUCACAUUCGCAACAAUCGUCAUCAUUGCCUCCUUCGUCGCAAAAGUCAUCGCUAUCAUCAUCACUUCCGCCACCAACACCGUCGUCGUCGUCAUCUUCUUCAUCUUCACUUCCGGCUGAGGUGACAUCAUCAGCGUUAUCUAGAUUGAUGACGUCAUUAGUAUUACAGACGAGCAACCUGUAUGACGUCAUAUGCAUUGAUGAGGUCAUAGAAGCCAGUAUCUUCAAUAUGAAGAAUGACGAAACCAACACCUUCCUAGACGUCAUCGACCUGAACAGCUACUACAACCAAUCUCUGACGUCACCAUCUUUAUCACAAUUACCGGAAUCAUCAUCAUCAUCGUCGUCGCUGGCGCAGACUCAGUCAUCAUUAUCAUCACAGCCAUCGUCGUCGUCUUCCUCCUGGCUGGUAAAGCAUUUGGAAGCGACUGCCGGCAAAAUCAUAUUUCUUCCCGUCCGGAUGUCACGUGAUUUCAUCGACAAUCUUCAUUGGUCCUUCAAUACGCACCCCAAGGGAAUUACGUUUAGUAUCGUCUUUAAAGAUGAGAUGACGUCAUCUUUGACGUCAUCGGUUACGCCGACAACAUCUCAAUUAUCAUCAUCGUCAUCUUCUUCAUCAUCGUCAAUAGUAACAACAACAGCAACCGAGCCAUCAUCGGUGCAACGAUCAUCCUCACGUCAUCCUAUAUCAACCAUAGACAUAAUAUUUCCUCCGACUAAACUACAAAGUCAUUUAAAAGAUGUCGUCGCUUCUUUGGUCCCCAACAAAUCAGGGAUGUACAUUUUUAUCUUUGACAACUCGUUUAAUAAAGUGACAACAAAGAAGGUUAACUUGCACCUGAAAGCUGUCUAUCGUCCAAUCGCAUGAGAUCUUUAAAGUUCAUCAACCAAUCAAGACGCAUUCGAUCGUCCAAUCAUGUUGUUAUAUCUCACUCAUCAACCAAUCAUAAUGCACAAUUUCUUUUGACCAUACAAUCGCAUUUAAAUGUGUUAUCAUCUCACUCAUUCAUCAACCAACCACGUUUCAUAGUUUUAUUUAACCACCCAAUCACAUAUCAAGCAUACUGUUGUGUAUCUGUUAAUUGAUGAAAUAAAAUGACAUUUGGGUCAUUCUUUACAGUAUUUAUCCUGAUCUAAAUGUAGAUACAAUCAUUUUAUCUUCUUUUUAUUUCAAUUCUGUCUAGGUGAAUGCUUUU